CCUGGUGAUCGCGUCGGCCCUGCUGGCGGUGGGCGGAGCUCUCGACAUGGCCAAGAUCCAAGGCAAGAACCGCAUCUUCACGUCGUCCACCUUGGGCUGGGAGGACACGAAGGCGGGCGACGUCCCCCCCGCGCACGCCCUCCCUGUGGUCAAGGAUGGCCCGCUCUGGUGCCGCGCCAAGACCCACGCCACGUGGAUCGCCGGCUCGGUCGUCGACGGCAAGUGCACGAUGACCUUCGUGCGACGCUUGCUCGAGGUCACGGAGUACGAUGUCCUCGUCUCCGUCAACGACUCCGCCAGGGUGCUGGAGGUCGAGUGGGACCGACUCACGGCCAUGCCGCCCAACGGCAUCGCCACCCCGAACAUGAUCAUGGCCAUUUCCGACGAUAACGACACCGUCCUGGCCGGCUACGUCUCCCCGAGCGAGCGGCGCGCCCACUUCGUCAAGGACGGCGAAGCUAUCAGUCAAAAUAACGCGCUCAUCCUGACGGAGGACGAGCCCGUCCGCUACGAGGUGGACCGCAUUGUUGUGCGCGAAGAAGAAAGUCAGAUCACCGACGAGGACGUCAAAGUCGGCAACGCAACUCUGGUGAACAACGAGGAAGAGGAGAAGCUGGAGUCGAGCAUGGUGGACUACGUCUCCCAGGAGAAGAUCUACUGGGGUCGCGUCCGGGGCACCAUCACCGGCCUGACCUCCACCGUCACCGAACCCUCGGGAGUGAAAAGGGAGAUUACCUGGGGCGUGGAAAACGAGCUGGACCACAUGGAGCAGCAGAAGGUGGAGUAUAACCUGCCAGCUGGAGCAGCCGUUCAGGUCAAGCUGAUCGCCGUCAUGAGGAAGUACGAAGCGCCCUACUCCGCCCUGCUGACGGCCAUCUAUAGCGACAGCGUCCGCCGGUCCUGGAGCAUCGAGGGCCUCCACAUUCACAACUACCUGGCUGAACUGCGGGCAGAGUUUUCGAAGCCAUACUACCUUACCAACAACACGGAGAUCGAGGGAGACUUCCCCACCUCCCAGAUCCUGCUCCACUCAACCACCACGACAACCACCACGACCACUACCACUCAGACGCCCACAAACUCCAAAGACAGCGAGGACAACCCUGUAUCAGAGUCGCUGGCCACAACCGACGGAGACAGCCAGACCACCGGGGAUGCCAGCAGCGUGUCUAGGCUCCUGCCCCCGGUGCUGGCCAUGUGUGCGUCACUACUGAUGGCUGCUAACGCCCUCUUCCUCUCCUAAAUAACGGAGCUUGCCCGCGGCGGCCGGGAACGCAAAUGGGCACGUGUCACGUCCUCGUAAAGCAUCUCAAGACUCAUGGUUUGGAACAGUAUGGAAUUAUUUACGGAUUCAGCUGCGUGUGUUUUCGGCCUUGAGAAAAAGGGCCCGAUUCGAUUGUACAGGUCAUCAUUGAGUGGACCUAAAGCCAUGCUCGAUUUCACAAGAUGAAUGUAUUUUAAAAGCUUUUUUUCAUCUCAUAGUGUCUCACAUAGCCUUGAGGAAGUUAUGUAUAUGUACUGUUAUAUAAAAAAAAAAGUUUAAGAGCUAACAAGAUUAGUAUUCUGCAUUACUCUUCUUCCAGUGCAAAGUUGCACCUUCAGCAUCUCUCUUUCCACUCAUUCUGACGUGAAUCUCCACAGUCUUCACUGUUGUUUCGUGAACGUUUUUAGUGUGAACAACAUAUUGAUGUAUUGUGUCUAUGUGAAGCCUAUUAAUCUUAGCUUGUUCAACGAGCAAAACAGCCUUAUAGACAUUAGUAUGAUCUACUAUCUGUCUCGUAGCAUCUAGGCUGUACAAGUUCACGUCUGAUGUUUUAUCUCCCUGUUGGCUGGUCCAGAACCCAAGAUGUACCGAAUUUGAGACACGGGUGCAGAUCUCUUCUUUCACAGUACAGGAAGGGUUGUAUAUUAGGUAUGGUGUAUAAUCACUUCUGUCCGUAGGCACACAUUAUGUAGUUUUUUUCAUUGGAUCCUCAUGUUGAAGUGAUUUUAUUUUCUGCAGAAUAUCACCUUGAUUCCCCAGAUAAUUGGGAAUCAAGUAUUCAUAUAAUCUAAGAACUACAGUCAAUACCAGCUAUAUAUCUACAUAUAUUCAAGUAUUUGUUCUAGUGAAAGAUAUAUUCACCAGAGAAAAAAGAGAAAGAUAUUUUGGAACAUUGUUUUUUUCCACGAGAGAAAGAAGGUUCAACUAACAUCCGUACUUAUAGUGUUGUGAAAAAACUGCGAAUUAAAUAUAAGAAGUCAGAAUGGUAUUAUAAGAGAUAGACGGUACUCUAAUGGAAAUUCCCGUUUGGCAUAGUAUUUCCAAGUAUUGUAGUCUGAGAUAAGAUGUAUCAUAGGGAUAACAUGUGGUCUUCACUAUUUUAUAUCUAGUAGCAUUGUAUAGGUGUGGUUAUAGUGUUUCGUGCUGUAGGUUAGCAGGGUGGUGAAGAUGCUUGUGUUGAUUAGCAUCGAACUUGCGGAUUUGUCUGACAAGGGGAGUAAGUCCUUAAAAAGAAGGAAGAUUUUUUUGGAUGCGUCCGGUCGAAGUGAUGGCUGUCUUAUCACUGUACCCCGACAGCCAUUACUGAAGGAAAGAAUGGUCUGGUGGUAACAGGCUAAAACGUAGUUCUUUUUGUCAGUAGAUGAUAUUAGUUUUAUUUUUUUAUACAAAAGUUUACGAAAGUAUUGAUAAAAAAAAUAUACUGUCAUUCCAUGUGCUUGAAUAACAAUCACGGACACCCUAUGAGAAAUUCCCCGUGUUUUAGCAGUGUUUUUUUUUUCUUUCUUUCUUUUAUUUUUUUUAAAUCAGAAUCAGUAUGAUGCUUUCUACCUGUACUUCUGAAUAUUUGUAAAUUGAAAGUCCUUCUGUUAGGUAUUAACAAAAAGACAUUUUUAUUUGUAAAUUUGUAUUAUAUAUUUGGAUUAGACUUUCUUGGUCAGUUCAUUGGGUCAUGUUUUUUUGUUUGGACAUGAUGGUGUGAAAAGACAUACACUGUUUGUGAAAGAAUGUAUACAUACUAUUUUCUGUGUAUUGCUUUAAAGAGAAACCUUUGUAACUUGAUCAGGAAAAAGUUAAUUCUUUAUAUUGUAGAUUGAUAUAGUUCUCAUUAGCUAAGACUGUCUCUCACUCUUUCUUUCUUUCUUUCUUCGCCCUCUUGUUCGUCCUUUCUUUCUCUUUAUUUAUAUUCUUAGCCCCAGUAAUCGUUGUUUCAGGCAUAUACACCAACUAACACACAAAAAAGAUCUUGGUAAAGUUUAGAUGCAAAGUCUUUAUGGAGUGUGUAUUAUCUCACACACACACACACACACACACACACACACACACACACACACACACACACACACACACACACACACACACACACACACACACACACACACACACACACACACGUCUUUACUUAGUUUUUAUGCUGACCAUAAUUGCUCUGUCUAUACACC